AUGACGCUACCAGUUGACGGUGGUUGGUCCGACUGGGGCCCAUGGUCUGUCUGUAGUGUGACGUGUGGAGUCGGGACGGAGACUCGGGACAGAACUUGCACCAACCCUGCACCAGCGAACUGCGAGAAUUCAGCCAUUGGUUUCUGCAUUGACGGUGGUUGGUCCGACUGGGGCCCAUGGUCUGGCUGUAGCGUGACGUGUGGAGUCGGGACGGAGACUCGGGACAGAACCUGCACCAACCCUGCACCAGAGAACGGAGUAAUUCGAAUUGACGGUGGUUGGUCCGCCUGGGGCCCAUGGUCUGGCUGCAGCGUAACGUGUGGAGUCGGGACGGAGACCCGGGACAGAACCUGCACCAACCCUGCACCAGAGAACGGUGGGGCA